CCCAUCCCCAUCUCCCCGCCGGCGCAGGCCCACCAGCGCCCGUCCCUCGCCGCAGCCAGUAGCCGCAGGAGUAGGUGCGGCCCCCCCACCUCCCGUUCCCUUUCCGGAAAGGAAAACGCCCCCUCGCACGCGAGGUGUUCGACGGAGAGCCGCAUAGGAGCAGGCAGGCGCAGCCCAUGUCGAGCGCAGCCGCCAGAUCGGAGUCGGGCGCUGGCCCGGCCACCGCUCAUGAGCUAGCCAUGCAGCAGCCACCGCAGCAGCAGGAGGUGGUCGCCGCCGCGGCUGAGGUGCAGGCGCCACCACCGGGAUCAGUGGUGGUGGCCGCGGCUGAAGUGCCUGCGCCGGUGGUCGUGGCCACGGCUGAGGUGCCCGCACAGGCGCCCGGGGCGGUACUCACCAUCGUGAUCUCGAAGCCGGAGGAGGAGGAGGCGCGCGAGCAAAAGGGCGUCGCUCCGGCCUCUCUGCCCCCUCUGGAGGUCGGGGAUGCCAGCGCCAUGGUUGCCGUGGCGGCCGCGAAGGAGGCAGAGCUGGCGAGAUCCGACAGCUUCGACGAGCAAUGCAGAGUUUGUCAGCAAAAGUCAGAAGAACCUUUGGUAGACCUUGGAUGCAGAUGUCGUGGUGAUCUUUCAAAAGCUCACCGCACUUGUAUUGAUGUCUGGUUCCGUACUAGAGGUUCAAACAAGUGUGAGAUAUGCCAGCAAGUUGCUGUCAACAUACCUCCUCCAGAGACACAAGCAAGUACAAGUUAUUGGGUUUGGAGGGUUGAUUCAGCUUAUGGAAGGGGCCGAGGAGGACGUGAAAGGGGAUGGUUUAGCCCACUCUGGGUUGCAUUUGCAAUUCUGAUUGGUGGUCUAUUAUUGGAUGUGCUGAUAUCUGUUUCUCUUGGUGUUUCCGCACUUCCUGUGAACAUAAUAAUUGGUGUUCUGAUUGUUCUCGGCUUGGGCACUGCCCUUCGACUAGCUCUCGAGUGCUGCCAGGAGUUUGGCUCGAGGAGAAGCAUGCCAAGGAUGGAAAACAUGGCACCCAGUGGGUACCACCCCGGAGUAUAGCUUAGGCCUGUAAAUAGUAUAGAGGUCAAUGUUUGGAUUCUCCUUUUGACAGCUGGUAGUUCUUACACACUGCUCCAUGAAAACAAGCUCAAAUUCAAAGCCUGCUGAUUACAAUCAAAUCACGUCCUUCCGAUGUAAAUAUGCAGCCCUGAUAUUGAUCUUUCUUGACGUGUUUCUUCUGACACUAUUAGAGAGAGCUGCCUGUCCCAGAUCUCUUGGUUAAACCUUACUCAAGAUUUCUGGUCUAGCCCUACCUGGGGGCCAAGAUUAGCGUUAAUGUGGGUGUGAGUUUGUAAAGGGCUGAAAGCCACUUGUUGCUAUCUAUGGAAUGCAUGCAGAAGCCUUUGUUGUGCUUUCA